GCAGAGAAACUACAAUAGCUAGCUCAUAGCUUCCUCCUAGUGUCAUUGAAAAAAGACAACGUCAAAGGUGAAUUCGACGGGUUUGGCUGACACAAGACUCUCACAGUGAGAUGUAGGCACUAGGCAAGAAAAAUGGAUCCUGUCGAAGAACUCCCAUCCAUGUUGUGGGGAUUGGACCCCAUCUUCUCUGCCUUCGCCAGACUUCAUAUCAGAGACAUCCUCCUAAUGCCAGAGUCCUGUCAAGUGCCAGAUAUUUACUUUUACAAAUCACAUCCCAUCUACAAGGUGGAUGUGCUUGGGACAGUCGUGUACAAGCAGGAAAGAGAGGACUUCUACUCUUAUGGAGUGGACGAUGGCACUGGUGUCAUAAGCUGCCUGUGUUGGAAGGACGACCUCAUGAAGGUGCAGGUGGAUUCUGAUAAACGGGAGAAGGAGCCUCAUGAUGAUGAUCAGGGAGCCUUCAAUCCAGCUGCGGAGCUGAGAAAGCUGAAACGGACACAGCAGAGCCGGUGCCGCCUGGAGAUUGGGGAGCUUCUGCGAGUCAGAGGACCGGUGAAGACGUACAGGCAACAGAGGGAGAUCACAGCAUACGCCUACUAUAAGGUGGAUGACCCAGUCAUGGCAGCCCAGAUAGAAUGGAUGACGGACGUUCUUCAGCUGUACAGACAGUUCUACAACAAACCUCUCCACCUAGAAUCCGACACUGCAUGUCAUAGUCCCGUGAGUUCCCUCAGCAGAGCAACAAACAUCAUCAAAGAUUUCCUACAGCAGAAGUUGGUGAGCAAGUUCACACCCUAUGAUGUUCAGGACCUCCUGCAGCCGCUUUUUCUCAGAGGGACUGAAGCCGCUCCUGCACACCAGGAGCCUGUGGCGGGUCCAUCUGCAUGUCAGCAAUUACACCACCUCCUCAAGGAGGCCCUGCAAGUUUUACAGGAUGAAGGCCUGGUGUACCGCAGGUUAAAGUCCCAGGAUGAAGUCUAUUUUGUAAGAAAGAGCCAUUUGUGUGAAGGAUCAUGGUGGAAUGUCCUGGUUGAUAUUUGCGUCCUUCACCAGGUGACUGUGCAGGACAAAGAUCUACUCAUGGCAGCAAAGGACAUCAUCAGAGAGGACUCAAAAAGAGAGAAGUUUGGAGAGAAAGGUUGCCAUGUCCUGCAUAUCCUGUCUGCGGUGAGACAGCGCCACAGCCUCAACGUGAGCAAAGCAGCCCUGGAGCUGGUCCUCCAGGCACUGGAGUGCAACAGUGACAUUGUCAGCACCCGACAUGAUCAUUACACAACGUUUUAGGCUGGAUGUCAUACAUACAGGUAUCUGUAUUAGGACUGGCAUGAUAUUUCAAUCACAUUUAUCAGUUUCCAGAUGAAUCCUGAUUAAUCACCAUUUGCAACUGUGUCUGAAGUAUACCCAUGUUUACUGUAUUAUAGGAAUUUGGAAUUGCACUGCUGUUGAUGCGUUCAGGUCAGAAUAACGGUAUAAAAGAGCGUCAGAGUCUUUAAGGAUGCCACACUGUCUCUCCCUCUGUCAUCAUAACAGAGGCACUAAUUACACAAAAAAAAAUUAAUUCAUUAAAUAGUGUUUCCCACCCGUUAACACCGUCCUAAUUUGUAUAAACAAAUCAUGCAAUUUGUAUUUCAUUACAUAUUUUUGCAGGCAAAUUGUAAGCUAUCAUUGCUUUUUAAGAGUGUAAAUAAAGUACAAAUACAUAGUUUUUUC